AUGAAGAAACUACCAGUGAAAGUGACGGGCAUGUGUUCCCUCUUGCCGUUCAUUUUCCCCGCGGUUUUUGCGUCCUUGCAAUUGGAGAUUCCUCUAUCUCAUGGAGAAAGACUGCUCAACGAACUUCGUGAGAACAUCGUCGCCUAUGGACCUUGCUGGCAGCGCGCGGUUGAAAAUCUUCACGAGUCGUGUUCUUCUCUGAGCGAAGAUGCACAGCACCGCAUGGCAUUGGAAUUCACCUCAUGUUUCGUUCAGAAACUCGGUCAUUCGGGAUAUAAAUGCGCAAAUCCCGGCAGCAUCGAGGGCUGUGACGACUUUCGGGAACUGUCGUCGAGCCCCCAUCUCGGAACCUACUCCAACUUCUUCACGCACAGUCAGGUGAUCUGCUCGUUUUUACAGCAGCAGAAGUGGCAGGGCAACACUCUGAAAGUUAUCAAUGCCCUCUCGGAUUCUUCCGUGGAGCUCUCUUCGAAACUCAACGACCUGAACAGCGUUAUGGAUUCGACUCGCGAAGAUCAAGACCGUCUGCAAGAAUUAACGCGAGUUGCGCUCUCCGCCAACCAAGAGCUCUCAUCGAAAAUCGUCUCCCAGGGUUCAUCAUUGUCGGUGAUGCUCGACCAGAUUCAUUAUGUGAACACGGUGAUCGCUGGGCACGCGUCGACGCUUUCAUCUUUCGCCUACUUCAUCGGUGGAGUUUUGAUCUCGUUCCUGAUCACAACGCCCGAACAAACUCGUCAAGUCAGGUCGUGGCUGAUUUUGAUGUUCACAACGAACCUGCUAAUAGAGUUGGCCAUCCUUCAGUGGGCUCUGGAGUUCGCCGGUUUAAGCCAUGAGUAUUUCAAGGCGGAGAACCCGAUCAAUUUCAGAUUACACCUCUCUCGGAGGGUAUUCUGUUGUCUUAGCUUUGUCGCCUAUAUUUAUAAAGCCAUCACGUAUCGCUCGCCGGAGGAGAGAUCCCACUCGCUCUUGCUCGAAAUGAGUACGGCAGUGAACCAAUUGGAUUCUAGGAUGCAGCGAAUCGAAGCCGCAAUGACCAUAGCGGCUUCCCGAAUGCGGAAGACCUAUGAUUUCCACGAUCAGCGCGAUUCUCCCAUGAGAUUCAGAGAAUCGACGCCUCUUACAGCGCCGCCAAAGAAAGGCUUCGAGAAACGAUUCCGGGACGAACCUGAAGAAACCACAGAAAGAAUCUUCAAGGCUCGCAUUGAGGUAUCGAAGGAUCCGCCUGAGCAGAUCCCGCGCUUACGGAGAAGUAAUAGAGUAAGAUCUCCUCUGUCGAGUAGCGCCAUAUGGAAAUAGUCAUCCUACGAGCGACGCGAAUCUGUCGUGCUGUGUGAGGAACUAAAAACAUUUUACGUAUAUGGAGGAGACUGGACAUGAGUACAUGGUUGCAGGAUUAGCCUUCCUCGAACUUAUCUCGAUGAUGGCCUGAGGGAAGGUGGGACUCAUCAGGUGUCUCCUCGGGCCCCUGCAUUUGAUACCCAAAUCCCCUCGGGCGCCGUCGAAUCGUCCCGGUUGCAUAUUUAUACACGAGAACUCUUUCGUACGGAUAUACAGUACCUUAUCAGUUGACCGUUUUUGACUAACUCAGGCUUAUUGCAGGUUCAGAGAGUGAUCACGCUAUAUUUUGAGGGUUUUCAGUUCGGCCAUAGUCCUGCGUCGGAUCUUAGGGAGCUUAUAGGGAACCAGAGUUCGCUUUUCCGGAGAUUUUUUCCGCCCUGGCAGCCCCAGGAACAAAAUCUUGUUAGUAGACUAAAUCGAGCCGCC